CUUUGCUCAUUUACAAUAACCAUAGAGAGUGAGAGAGAGACAAAAGGAAGUAGACAGUGAAGGAGGUAACGACGCUUGAAGAUGAUGUUUCCUAAGGAGAGAGAGAGAGGUAGCAGCAGUGGUUUGGGUCAAGGUGGUGAAGUAGAUGUUGAGAACUUGAGCUUCUUCAAGAUCUUUCAGGGUGAAGACUUAUCCGCUGAAAGCAUGAGAGCGUUUCCGUACGACUUCAUAAGAAACGUCCCUCAAGACGAUUUCUCCAGUAACAUGGUGAUAAGGACGCAAUGUGGACUCUCAUGGGAAGUAAAAGUCUCCAUGAACCCAUGUUUCUACUACAUGGAGAAGCGUGGGUGGAACCAGUUCGUGAACGACAAUGCCUUGGGAGACAAAGAGCUUGUUACCUUCACCCACACUGGACUCAUGUGCUUCAAUGUCAACAUCUACGAGGAGAAUGGCAAGGAGGUUGUCACACCUAGGAGGAGGCCCCGGACGAUGGCUUCUUUAAGUGGGAUCAAGAAGGAAGCAGGGAAGAGCAGCAACAAAGAUGUUAAGAAGGCUGAGAAGACAGGUGGGGUCAAGAAAGAAGUAGGAGAGAGCAGCAAGAGAGAUGUUAAGAAGGCUGAGGAGAUAGCUGAAUCUACGCGAGGAGAUAAGCUCAAAAGCAAGAGAUGUGAGGGAGGCGAAACAUCCAAGAAGAAGAAGAAGAAGAUGAAGAGCAAUAACGUUGAGCACACUGUUCCAGUAUUCAGCGUCACCUUAACGGCAUCAUACCUCAAGUUCCUCCUGCCAAUCCCAAGAUAUUUUGCUGAGGAACAUAUCUCGAAUCAGUCUAAGAGGGUCACCAUUCAUCACUCGGACGGGAACUGUUCAUGGGAGGUGCUUUGCUUGGUGAGGAAGAGAAAGGCAACCUUCUCAAGUGGAUGGGCGACAUUGGCAAGAGAGUACCCUUUAUCAGUUGGCGACAUUUGCGCCUUCAAGCUCAUCAAACCAACCGAGUUUCAACUUCUUGUCACUGGAAAGGUCGUUGAGGAGAUCAUGACUGACUGAUGUUAACUGUCUUUGUUGCUUUCUUAUUCUUCUUAUCCAUAAAGACAAGUUUUUGAUCACUUUAGGUGUUUGUGACUGUUUCUCUCUACCUAAUGUUUAAUGUGUUUUUAAAUACUUUUAUCACAAUGUUGAUGAUUAGUUUCAUCUUUUGGGAUUAUUAUGAAUUAUCAAAUGUUUUUAAGUA